AUGCCAUUUGGCAACUACAAAUGCUUUAAUAAAUAUAUAUAUAUUUACGCUCGUAGAGCAGAUAAACGCUUAAAAGGAGAAAACAACAGGUUCUUAAGUAUUUCGUGGCUAUUGUUCGCUUUUGGUUUUUUAUUUCAUAUUUAUAACAUUUCUUUAUAUCAUAUACCAUUAUAUACAAUGAAGUCUGUGUCUUCAGCUAGAAUUAUUGGCACAAUUGCAAUGGUCACAAUGGCUGCGACAUCUGUUGUCGGGGCAGGAGAAUCAUCGAUUUCAUCAGUGGUGGCAAAAUCGGUAGAGGCCGAAACAUUUUCGAUCGCAGAGUUACCAGCAUCCUCUGUGCCGAUUUCAGUGUCUAGCACUAUCUCGCCGCCAGUUUUGGUGCCCCAGUC